AUGUAAGAUUUAAGGUAUUCAUUCUAACUCCAUCAUGUCCUAAUAUAUACUCUAUUUCAAAUUUCUCAGUAAUUUUUUGCUGAUAUCUUCUAAUAAAAAGUAACAUUAAUAUUUGAAUCUCAAACAAAUUCUUUAUUAUCAUCUUUUAGUCUAUAUGAAUUAUAAGAUUUCGAUUUGAUCAUUAAAUUAAGCAUUACUUUUAUUAAGUUUUAAGAUAAUAUAUAAGUAGUUAACUAAUUCCUUUAUAAUUUUUUCAAUUCCAAAUUUAUUCAUCUCAUUGCUACUGUUUAUAGUAUAUUUCCUAAUUCAUUUAAAUUCAGAUAAAAUUUCUAGAUCUCUCUUAUGCAAUGUUCUUCUCGAAAAAAGACAAUAGAGGAUUUAAUCCAUUAAUAUAUCUUAUUAAAUACAUUUAAAUCAUUUAAUGAAUUUUCUUAUCGAUUCUUUUUAAUAGUUACUUACUAUUUUUGUAACUUUUUAAUUUAAGAGUUUUGCAAAAUUAGUCAAAGCAUACAAAUUUAGUAUUAAAUUAAGAUCCAAGGAAAUUAUUACUUGAAAAUCAUUUAGAUAAAAGGAUUUUACUCUUGCAAUUUGGGUUUAUUUACAUAAUAUAGUUACAAUUAAGUAUGA